ACACAUUUGAAAUUAGUCAUUGGAUUUCACUUAGGUCUUAUGAUGACAGCCUCUUCACAAAACUCAUGCUUAAAUAGCUUCGAUAUUCGCAAACCAAGUGUGGAUCCUUUUAAAGAAGGUCUAAGUGGUUCCUCUGAACAACCAACUUUCAAUGCAUAUCCCCUCGAAUCUUCACCUAAUUUGCUUAUUCCUACAAAUGAUGUGAUAUAUAUGCCAUUAAAUCCCACAAAUGUGCCUUUGUCGCUACAACGUGCAUGUGCCUCUAAUGAGACUGUAGGCGGUGAUACGCAGAGUUACAGCCAUCCAAUAUGCCAUGGCUUCAUUUUUCCAAACUCAGAAUUGAGUGCAAAUGAUGCUGAAUUAAACCAGAUAAACAUUCCGAGUAUGCAAAACCAUAUCAAUGAUGUUUCUUACAAUAUGCCGAGCCAGAGUUCGAGCAAUGUGGACACAAAUGCUCAAAAACACCUUCAACUCCUGUUGCUUCAAAAGUUAAUUGAGUUGCAGCUUGCCGAACAUUAUAACUCACUUAAAGAUACACUUGUAUUAACUAAAGACUCCAAUAAUGAGUCUCAAAAUUCUAAAUUACAGCCCUGUUUUGUCAAAAGCUCCGACUUUGAUGCAGGUUCCAACCCAGUUUCAACCGUAAAUAACGAGAAUUCAGAUAUGUCGACAUUUUUGGUCCCUGUAAAAGCCAAGUUUGAGGGCGAAAGUGGUUUGUCUUUACACAUAACUCCAAGGGACGACAUCAGUCAUCCAACCCAAGGAAGUCCAGUCACCGUAGCAUACCCGAGUCAACCAAUCGUCUUAUAUCCAUUUUCUGUUCAACAAGAUAAUUCUACGGAAGAUACAUUCCCAUCCAGCCAAGCCGUGCCUGAUGCGUCCUCAGGUGGACCAACUGCUCAAACAUUUACGAUGAAGGACAUAGAUCACUGUAUACGGAGAGGUUCUCUGGAUUUUCCUUCUGAGCCAAGCAACGACAUAGUUGAGAGUAUACGAGGCCGUACGAGACCAGGGUUUGUGUUGUUAAGCGUUCGGCAUGAAAAAAUCAACUCAGAAAAUAAGGUCUCACCAACUUCUGAGAAAAAUUUCCAGGAGAGUUAUCCUCCUAUUUCAACAUCAGCCAGUCUUGAGACAAAGAAGGCGAAAAGUAUCACCAUAUCUAAAAAACUACCUAGAAAGAGAUUGAAGCAUAUGAAAAGCGAUGCAGAACUCAAAAAGCGACCCCUAAAAAGUUCGUCUAAAUCUCUCCUAAAACGCUCUGAAAACGCUGAAAUGUCUCCGACUCCGGUAGAACUUACAGAGGAUGAUCUUAAAGCUUUAUCUCCACAGUCAAGAUUUCGAGUGACCAGGUUUGCAGACAAAAAGCAAGCCUGGAUAGCUCCUGCAAAGGCAGGAUUCACUGUCCAUGAUUUAUGGACAACUAAACUUCCGGAAUAUGUGUUAAGAUGUGCCGAGCACCUAAAAAUAUCAGGCUCUGGUUUAAAUUUACAACAAGAAAAACUUACUGAAAUUCCAUAUUCGUUGGACGAUAUUAUAAACGGACAUUGUUUGGCCUGCGAGAAAUCACCUCCUAAAUAAUACAAUUCCAUUAUGAGACGGAAUGUUGUUUGGUUUACCGUCAUUCUUUCAAACAAAUAAAAUAACAGAAAAAGUUAUUUGUUAUAUAUUUUUAUUUCCAAAACCGAUUCAACUUUAUUUUUUAUCUGUUAAUUCAUUUCUAGAAUUCAGAUAUCUAAAUGUAUGUUGUCAAGACUAUUUGCUCAAAAGAAAAAAAUAUUCUAUAUUUAAAUAAUAUGCUUGAGAAUUGAUGAAUUUUGUUAUCCUUUUAUUAAACACUAUUUAAUAUUCUUUAUGUACAGUAAUUGAUACCAUACAAUAUAAAAUCUAUAUGCAUAAUUAAUUGAAAUUUAUUUUUAAGCUACUUGAAUAUUUCUUCUUUACUUUUUAUGAUGUAAUUGUCUUUAACGAUUAUACAUUGAUAGAUUAAGAAAGAGAUAGACAAAAAUCUUUUGAAACUUUCAAUAAAUUAGAUGUAUGAAUUCUAUAGAAUACUUAUUAAUGUCAAUGUAUUUAUUUUAAUAUGGUAAAUAUAUUAUUUUAUUAUAUGUAUUAUUAUCUUUUUAUUAUUAUUGUCUUUCAAUGAGUCUUUGAUUUUUCAUAUGUUUAUUUCCAAAAAAAGAUGUUUUUAUAUAGAUGUACACGAUUGUACAGCUUGACAAUAAAUUCGUUGAAAGGAGAUCCCUUCUCUGAACUUUGUGGUUUUUAAUUCUUCAGUGAAUUUUUUGUUUUCUUCUUCUUCUUUUAAAUUCAUAAAUAAAUUGUAUUUUAAAAAAACAAACAAAACAAAAAGAAUUUCCCUAAUAUUACAGAUUAUCAGAUUAUUAAGAUGAUACUUGUAAUAUAUAUGAAUCCAAUGUACAAAUUAUGAAAUAAUUAUUAAAUAAAAUAAUAAAUGUUAUUCGUA